AUGGCGUCUAAACGAAUCCUAGUUCUUAUCGUCCUCGCGCUCGCUGCGUCUUCCUGUCUAACUUUCUGCGCCGCAACUACCGCCGCAAAGGGCGCCGCAAAGGGCGCACCUGCUGGCUCUAACGGUGGUAGUAAGAGCUCUGGGACUGGCGCAAAGGGGUCGGGAGGUGGCUCGACGAAUUCUGGAGAUUCCGGGAAAACAAAUAGCUCAAUUUCGGCCUUCGACAAGGCGGUGCAGAGGCUCAACGAAACGGGUUACACUCAGUUCGCGGCCCUCGCGAAGUUAUACAGCCAAAUCAAAGAGGUCAGCUCCGCUCUCCAGCAGCCUCUCACACUGCUCGUGCCGAGUAACGAGGCAAUCAAUAAGGUGAAAGUUACGAGCUACAGUGCGAGCCAGCUCGCGACGCUCGUCGGUUACCAGGCGAUCCAGGGCGUGUACACUUUUCGCCAGCUGCAGAUGCUGCGAAUGAACACACCAAUCGCGACUGUCGCAAUUGGCGGCGACAAGAAGCCUCUUGUUCUCGUGAAAGCGUCCAAGCCGAACGCGAAGAACCACGUUGUGCUUCAAGGGAGGGCUGCGCCUAGAAGCACAAUCACUAUAGUCAACGGCGACGUGUUUUACAUGGCGAAGAAACUUGCGGUUCAUACGACGGACGCGGUUGUGUUCCCUACCGGGAUCAACUAG